AUGUCAACCUCGCCCAAAAGUCCCGGCCCCGAGCCUACAGUAACCGAUGCACCCACCCAACUUCCCGAUGAUCCAAACACAAGCUACAUCGGCAAAGCCGAGGUGCUCAACCGUGCAAUUCAAAAUAUUGGCAUGGGCCGAUACCAAUGGCAACUCUUCGUGGUAAUCGGAUUUGGCUGGGCGAGCGAUAAUCUCUGGCCUAUUGUCACAUCUUUGAUCCUCCCACCGAUAUCUUACGAGUUCCACCCGUCUAAGGCGCCCUUACUCACCCUGUCACAAAAUAUAGGAUUGUUGAUUGGUGCCGUGUUUUGGGGCUUUGGGUGUGAUAUUUUCGGUCGGCGCUGGGCAUUCAAUUUGACCAUCGGGAUCACAGCGGUGUUUGGUCUGGUCGCAGCUGGAUCGCCAAACUUCGGCGCGGCAUGUGCAUUUGUGGCACUUUGGUCUGUUGGUGUUGGCGGAAAUUUACCGGUCGACUCGGCCAUUUUUCUGGAGUUCUUGCCUGGGUCGCAUCAAUAUCUUUUGACGAUCCUGUCUAUUGACUGGGCAUUUGCUCAGGUGCUUGCCAACUUGGUUGCGUGGCCUUUACUCGGAUAUAGGACUUGUGACUCUGGUGGUGGAUGCACGAAAGUUGAUAAUAUGGGAUGGAGAUACUUUCUCGUUGCGACGGGUGGGCUUGCCAUGAUCAUGUUUGUGACUCGAUUUGCUUUCUUCACUCUUUAUGAGUCGCCCAAAUAUCUCAUGGGUAAAGGGCGGAAUGGGGAAGCCGUACAAGUCGUGAACGAGGUUGCGAGGAGGAAUGGGAAGUUGUCAGAUCUGUCUCAGGAGGAACUCGAUGAUUUCGAUCAGGGCGAGACGCAAGAUAUCUCAGCUGCAAAUAUCGCCCGUCAGCGACUGGAGAAGGUUCGAUUCGAUCACAUUCGGGCUUUGUUCGACACACCAAAGCGGGCUUGGUCGACAACUCUUAUCAUCCUUGUCUGGGCUUUCAUUGGCCUUGGUUAUCCAUUGUACAACGCUUUCCUGCCAUAUAUCCAACAAUCGCGUGGCGCCGAGUUCGGAGAUGGUUCAACAUACAUCACCUACCGCAACUCACUGAUUAUCGCCGUGAUGGGGAUCCCCGGUUGCCUCCUAGGUGGACUCCUAGUGGAGCUACCAGGGUUCGGCCGGAAGGGUGCCCUGAGCACGUCGACAGUAUUGACAGGAGCUUUCCUCCUAGCCUCGACCACAGCAACCACUUCCAAUUCACUACUCGGCUGGAACUGUGCGUUCAAUUUCAUGAGCAGUCUCUUGUAUGCAGUGCUCUAUGCAUACACCCCGGAGAUCUUUUUGACCAAAGAUCGGGGCACGGGCAAUGCAUUGACCGCGUCUGCGAAUCGGAUCUUUGGCAUCAUGGCGCCUAUCAUCGCAAUUUUUGCCGAUCUUCAAACUGCUGUCCCAGUAUACGUGAGCGGGGCACUUUUCAUUGCUGCUGGACUGCUGGUUUUGCUGAUGCCGUACGAAUCUCGGGGAAAGGCUAGUCUGUAA